AUGUCUAGCCCACAAGCACAACAUGUACCAGGAGCUGAAAUCCGAUUAAUGGCUGGCGCUUCAACAACAGGACUAGGCAUUCAGUCUCCACCACAUCAUGUGAUCCAAAUGACCAAUUUGACUGAACCUAAGACACCUUCACUGCAUCUACUAGAAAAUAAUGGAGAAGCAAGAGAAAAGUAUCUUAGGUUAUGUGUGUCUCUCCAUAAAGCUGCUCUAAGAGGUGAUUGGACAACUGCUAAAAGCAUUCUCAGUGAGGAUGAGAAACUUUUAACUGCUAGCAUAACGAAGGGAUGGGAAACUGCCCUUCACAUUGCAUCAGGAGCAAGACAUGUUCACUUUGUGAAGGAACUGGUCCAAAUUAUGGAUGCAGAAGACUUAGCACUGCAAGACAAUAACAAAAAUACCGCAUUGAGUUUUGCCGCUGCAGCUGGAAUGGUAGAAAUUGCUGAGAUUAUGGUCCAAAAAAUAUAUUGUUACCAACAAUCCGAGGGGGUGAAGGAAUGA